AUGGCAGAUUGUGACAGUACACCUGUAAGAAUCAUCGCGUAUAUCAUGCCAAGGACAAUCUCGUCUGCUUUGAGCAAAUGUUUGAGUGGCGUGGACGGCAUGGAGAUUUGGUUUGAACGUUUCACACGCGCAUUUUUUGUGAGGCAAGAGUACGAGCUACAGACUGGCGACGAUAUGCCGAUGGAAUAUGAGGGUAAUGAAGAGAAGGUACAAGAAGCUGCUAAACUCUUUCGACGCCUCGCGCACUUAGAGACCGAACUAGUUCCAGAUAAAUUGGUAUACGGUACCGUGAAAAAGGAACUUCAAGCAUCCACAAGCAAGUAUAUCUUUGCUAAGGAGGGAUACUUCGCUUUUCCCGAUGAGAAAACCCGUCAAUACAUCCCAGGAGGAUUCAAGCAUGUAUUUCUCAUCCGGGAUCCUUGUAGACUGUUCACAUCCUACAGGAAAGCUAUCUACCAACAUCUGACGAACGUAGGUAUCCGAACAGGCGAUGCCAUCGACGAGGAGGCCUUUGACAUUGGACGCGACGACCCGUUCAUGAACGCAAACGAAUUCUACAAAGGAAUCGUAGAACUCUGGAAGUACGUACGUGACAACGUUGAUCCUGACCCUAUCGUCAUCAACACAGACGACCUGUUGGCCAACCCGGCAGAGAUGCUGUCAAAGUUCUGCCAUCUGACUGGUCUUCCAUACAGUGAUUCACUUCUUCAAUGGGAUGCUUCUCCAGAUGUCACCAAGACCUGGAAAACAGGGAUCGAUGAUAUCAUCGAGCUGUCCAUCGCCUUCUUUGAAACAGCAGUCUACUCCAGCGGAUUUCUCCCGCAGAAGCCAGCUGUCCCUCUAGAGAAGUUGGCACCAGAUGUCAGAAGACUAGUCGAGGCGUCCAUGCCAUACUUCGAAGAAAUCAACAAGUAUAAAAUAUAA